UCUCAUGCGCUGUUGUUUUGGUAAUAUCUUGCGCUGUUCUUAAUAUCUUAAUUUUAAUUUAAAUCAAUAUAACUUUUAAAAUUUAUAUUGUAUUUAUUAUCUACAGUAUGAGUGGAAUAGACAGUCUAGUUGAAAAAUUAGCUGGUGCUUCAGUGGAGGAAAAUGAGCAUAAAGAAGUAAAUUUUGCCGGUCGAGCUUUGAAAUUAAAUUCUGAAGACGAUGCUGCUGAAAUUGUGAAAAGUAUACAGAACUGUCCAGGAAUGACUGUUUUGCGAUUAGAGGGAAAUACUAUUGGGAUACCGGCGGCAAAAGCAAUUGCUAAGGCUUUAGAAAAUCAGCCAAACUUUAAGAAAGCGUUAUGGAAGGAUAUGUUUACGAGACGCGAUAAAACUGAGAUACCUGAAGCUCUCAGUUAUUUAAGUAACGGUAUAAUGAUUUCUAAUGCCAGGUUAGCUGUACUAGAUCUAAGUGACAAUGCCUUUGGCCCUCGCGGAUUAAUCGGAAUUGUUAAACUUCUUGAGUCUCCGUCUUGUUACAGUUUAGAGGAACUGCAUUUGAAUAAUAAUGGACUCGGCAUAUCUGGAGCAAAAAUGUUGGCAGAUGCUAUGUGUAACUGCAUCGAGAACAGCCGUAAGGGUGGCACUCCUUUGAAAUUGAAAAUUUUUGUUUGCGGUCGUAACCGACUUGAAAAUGAGGGAGCUACUGCACUUUCAAAGUUUCUGAAACAACUUGGAACUUUGGAAUCUGUUGCUAUGCCUCAGAAUGGCAUCUAUUUCGAGGGUAUUAAGCAUUUAGCUGAUGCAUUCUCUUCGAAUCCAGAUCUGAAAGUUAUUAAUCUCGAAGAUAAUAGCUUGACCGAAAAAGGUACGUUUUAUAUUGCCAAUUGUCUUCCAUCAUUAAAAAAACUUCAGAUGCUUAAUCUCGGAGACUGUCUUAUACGAACUGGUGGUGCCUUAACAUUAGCUAAAGUGUUAAAAGAAAGUUGUCCUGACCUGAGGGAGAUUUAUCUUGGCUACAAUGAGAUUAACAAAGAAGGUGGUAAAGCACUUGCUGAUGCUAUGGAGAACAAAACAGCUCUAGAGUUGCUAGUUCUAAAUGGUAAUCAGUUUGGAGAUGAAGGUUGCGUACUCGUAAUAGAAAGGAUGUCAGAAUUCGGAAAAUCUGAUCAGCUUGGCACGUUAAGCGAAGAUGAAGGGGAAGAUGAUGAAAAUGAUGAAGAUGAAGAUGAUGAUGAUUAUAAUGAGGAACAUGUUGAGGAAGAGGAAGAGGAAGAAAGUGAUUCACAGGAUGAAAUUUCUAAUAAAUCUUUGGAAGAUGGUAAAACUUCAUUACAUCCAUGUCCUAUAUACAAAGAGAGCAGCAUCCAUGAUUUUGUACGUCAUCCAACUUCAGGUAUGCUAGUUUCCCUCCACGAUGCCAAUGAAGAUAUCUUAUCGCUGCUUCCUGAAGAAUCAUCAGAUUUUGAUUAUGUGGAGCUAUUUUGUAAAGUAUGUUCAGUUGUAGAUUUGGAUAAUGAAAAAGUUAAGUUAGCUGCAUAUAAAUUUGCAGAUGAUAUUCUUUCUAAAGCUUUUAGUAUUUGGUCAAGUGAUGUUUCUAUAUUUAAUAACAACUUUUUGGUUGGUAUUGGGCUCCUAAAAGGAGAGGAUAAAAAAAUGAAAAAAGAUCUCGACAUUAGUGGUAUUUUAGUAGUUCUUGACCACGUUGUCAGACAACCUUAUUUUCUUUCUUCUACAAAGAGCUUGUUGCAGUUUUUCUUAUCCCAGCCUUUGCUUUAUGUAACAGCAAAUAAUAAAGCCAAACAUAUACUGAUGCAAACUUUGUACCAAAUUUAAAAUUCCUUGUUUUCAAAUCAAUUUUGUGCAUAGAUUAAACAUUGUCUUUCAUCGAAUUUCUGGGAAACUCCAUUGUUAUCACUCAUAUUUUCUUGUCAUUUAAUGAAGUUUUGGCCAAUAAAUAACAUAUUUAAAUUAAAUAUUUCAACAUUUUUUUAAGUAUUUAUGUAUAGAAUCAUUAAAAAUAGAACAUAUUGAAAUUUAAUCAUCAACUGAUACUACUUUAAAACUGGUGUGUAUUUCUGGCAUAAUUUUUCAAUUGCCUCUGAAUUGUGAUAUUUUCUUCUGUGAUAUAUUUUAGUAUAUAUUACAGAUAAACAAAAGACACCGACUGGGAACAAACAAAAGUUACAAAAGCAUACGAACAUCAGUAAAAGUAGAUGUUCUAAAUUUUCUGUUUGAUAUUUGCUAGUCUAAAUUAGUUGUUAAAAAUGGUGUGGGAUCUGUAUUGAACAUUGCAAAUGUUAUAGGAAUGUGAAAAAAAUAUCAAUUUUAAUGAAAUGGAAUAUAUAAUCAUUAGUUGUAAAUUGUUUGGAGUUUAUUUACUUUUUCAGUUUUUACAUUUCAAUGAAUGUAUGUUCAUGAAUUAGUUCAUGAAUUUUUAAAAAUUUACUUAUUAUCAUUGUGACAAUAAUGCCACAUAAGGAAAUGAGGAUUCAGUAAGACACUUUAUAUCAAACAAUUUUCGCCAGAAAGGCUUCCAUUGACUUAUUGGCCACUAUUAAAUUGUGUUAUUUAUCUCUUAUAGCAGUGUUCUUAUUUUCAAAGUAAGGGCUGUUGCUGAAAAGUUUUAAAGUGUGUCAUUUUCUUUCUUUUUUUUUUUUUUUUUUUUUUUAAAUUGAAAUAACUAACUCAAGAGCAAUAUUGGUACUUCGUUGUUAUAGUAGCCCUCAACCUUAUUUAGCAAUUUUAAAUUUAUGCCAAAAUCUCAGCUAUAAUUUUGCCAAGUUCAUGAAGCAUGAAUGUAAAAAUAAACAACAUAAUAUAUAAUAAUAAUAAUGAUGAUAAACUCGCAUGUUGUUUCUUAAGAAUAUUUGUGAUGAACUCUUGUCCUUAUUGUUAAUAUAAUAUCACAUAUAAUUGUUCCAGUUCCACUUUCACACAUAUUAAGCUGUUUGGUUACACCAUUUCAUAGAAAUUAACUCCUCUGCUCAAGAAUGCUUAAUCUAACAGCAAUGACAAACAAUAUUCUGGAACUGCUAAACCAAUUUCGAACAUGUACGCCCAUCUUUAUUUUGCAUUCGAACAUGUACACCCUUCUUUAUUUUGCAGUUUUUAAUAUUACAUCUCCAUUUCGUGUCAUUGUUAACAUAAAAAGUUUCAUGUUGUGGCCAUUUUCAUGUAUUAGUGUGUUAAAAACUCCACAUCAUUACAUGGUAAUUUAAAGAUUGUUAGCGUCAUGUUAAAAAGAAAAAAAAAAAGCAAUGAAUAUAUUUUUAGUAAACAAUGUGAAUUCGAAAAACUUAUCAAAAAUGAAUAUAAGAGCAUGUGGCGAGAGCAAAAAUGCAACACAGUGCUAAUAUAAGAUCAUGUGGUGAGGUAUUAUAAGAACAUGCAGUGAGAUUUUGGCAGUAUUGUAAAUAGUGCAGUACUUCUUUACUAUAGCAAAGAAGCACUGCACUCUUUCUUAUGUUCAGAAAAAUUUCUCUGCAGUCAAAACUAGCUGACGAUAAAAAUAUGUUUUCUCACUAAAAGUAUCAAUUCGGAGCAUUUGGAGAAAAUUUUAAAUUAAUAUAUAUUUAACUAAAAGUAAAAUAUGAAUAUAAAAAAUUAGUAUUUUGCUAUGAUUUUAAUUUGUAAAGCAUUUUAAUUUUAUUCAGAUUCUGAUUAUCCAUGCUUUUAUUAUAUUUGUAGCUGAGAGUCAUAUGUAUUAACAUCACUGAUAAAAUUAUUUGAAAAAUUAUUGUGCUUUAAGUUACGCAUAUUUUAAAAACUGGGCAUCAUUUGUGAUUUGAUACAUGAACAUUCUUUGACAGAUUGUCAAAGAGAAUUCAUUAUUUCAAACAUUAUAUAGUAAAAUUCAGUAGAUUUAUAUGUUUUGCAUUCAUAAUUGUCAAAGUAAAAGUUUUCCUUAAAUAUUACCUGUUAAAGUUAAUAAUUAAAAAUAAUUAGCUUCGUUUUCAUUAUAACUCUUGUUUUAUAUAACUUUUUGACAUCAAAUAAUAUUUAAGUAUUAAAAAAAUGCAUCUGAAAGAAAGGAUGUUCAUAAGGAUAUUUCAUUUGUAAUUAUGAAUUUUUUUAUAUUUUACGUAUGUGAAUAUUCACUGUUGAUAUAUAAAUACAGUUCUGUACUAAAUUCAGUUAUUUUAUAUUUGUUUUAUUGAAAAUUUUGUUUAUGGGCACAUAGUUUUUUGUAGAAAGUUCAGUUAUGUUCUGCUGCAUUUGUGUUGUGUGUUAAAAUUAUAAGUACAUAUUUUGAUACUGUAAUAUUGUCUUGGCAAUAUAAAAUAAUUUAUUUAAACUGAUUUACUUCAUUGUUCACUAAACAUAUAGUUCAUGCUGUAAAGAAACUUUAAAUUUAGUUACCUGGGAUAAUUUCUGGUCCCUUUUUCCAAAAUAAGGUCAGAAUUGCUUUUAAUACGCUGAAGAAAGAUUACUGUUUUUUAAUUUUGACAAGAUUGCAAGAUUUUUAAUAUAUGCAUAUAUUUUUUAAUUUUAUUUGGAAAAUAAUGAAUUUAUUAUUAUUAUCCUUUUAAAGCAUUAUAUGUCGAAGGAAAAAAUUCAAAAAAUAAUGCUAAAGUUUUCAAAAUUGAAAUUUUUUGUGUUUUAACAUCAUUUAAUGGUAAAGAUUUAAUUUUGUGAGUUGGCAACAAUAGAUGUCAUAUUGAAUUUUUUAAAAAUGAAAUAUUUAAAAAGUUAAAUAAUAAACCCUUUUUAUAUUGUAAACUGAUGUUUUCGUAUUGCAGUUUUUAUGAUCAAAUUAAUUCUUAAUUAAAUUGCAAAAAAUUAUAAGACACCUUGAAUCA